AUGGGCCCUAUGGAGCUCCGACCGUAUGGUGCAGACAGCCAGGUGAUUACGGUGACGAAACAAGUUCGCCUGAGAAGCCUGGAAUUCAAGACUGCGUGCGGGCCGCUGCUGUUGCGGGGGCUCCGGGUGUGGGAUGAUGAGACCGUGGCCUUGAUCGAGCUUACGUUGGGUCUGCCCGUGAUGCAGAAGCUGGCCGAACUCAACCCCGGGAGUCGCGAUGCAUCGUUCCCUGCGAGUCGAGCAGUUGUCAAACGAUAUCGACGAUGGCGAAAAAAGGCGUGCGCGACCCCGGAAUUGGGGGACCAGCCCCAGGAUGUUACCCCGGUGCGCAAGAUAUUGGAAGCCAAGUUCGGGAGAGAUCCGCCGGUCAAAGUGGAACCGCUGAAGGUGCGCCUCAAGGACGGGGCCGUGCCGGUGAAGAUGGGACUGCGACGGUACCCUCCCACACAUCUGGCGUUCCUGGAAAAACAUGUCCGGGAACUGGAAGAAGCGGGCCAGGCCGAUGCGGUGGCCUACUGUGAAGGAGUGGUGGACGAGCUGUUCGGUGAGCUCCUGAUGCACGGUAUCCUGGGGUGGUUGGAUGAACUCCUGGGUUAUGCCCGGACCUCAGAAGAGCUGCUGCGCCCUUUGCGCCAAGUGGUCGAGAUCUGCCAUUCGUAUGAGAUCUCGGCGACCGGCGUGGCACAUGCUCCGGGGCGGGUACACGGCCUGUGCGAUUUGGAGCCGCCUCAGACAGCAGCCGACCUGCAGCAGUUCCUGUGCGCCACGAACUGGAUGCGGGAGAAAAUCCCUCAUUACACGGAGCUGGUAGCCCCGUUGACGAAGCUUUUUGACAUUGCAGCCAAGGCAGCCGACUCCCGGAAGAAGGCGGCCCUGACUCGGGUGUCCCUGAGUUUGGGAGCUGUCGCAACCCAGGUGCCCAUUGUAGACUUGGCGUUACCGGCGGGUGAUCAGCGACAUGAACCCUUGGCGUUCCUGAGUGGGGCGUUCCGGGGGGCGAGCGAGCGAUGGCUAAUCGUCGAGAAAGAAGCGUUCGCGGUAGUGGAGUCGUCCAAGCGUCUGGAGUACCUCCUGAUCCGUCCUGGGGGAUUCCGGCUGUUUUCGGACCACCGGAACCUGGUGUACAGCCCACAAGCUCCAGCGCUGGGCGCUGACGAUGACGACGUUCCCGUACGUCGUGGAGUGUGUGGCCGGGGAGGAAAACCUUGGGCAGACCUCCUGAGCCUUUGGGGAAGUCCUCCCGGUGAGCCCCGGACCGUUCCGGAGAUUUCUCGGGGCGCCCGGAUGUCCAAGCUAGCCCUGGUGUCCCCGCUCCGGCAUGAAGACUUUGUCUGGACGACGACGAAUGCGAUAUCGGAGUUGCAGCGCGGUCACCCGGACUGUGAAAAAUACGCCCCCGAGAAGAAAUGUUUCCUGACGGCCUCUGGAAAGAUAUGGAUCCCGGGAGAUGCAUUGGACAUGCAAAUGCGUAUUAGUGUGGCGGCCCACGGCGGGGUGGCUGGGCAUCGCCGAGUCGAAGGGACGGCGUCCGCCUUGAACCAGCAGCCGACAGAUCAUUUGGACGGUGUGGCAACGACAGCGUUUACGGGCCUGCCUUCGACCCCUCCCCUGUCAGGACUUGCAACAGCCCUGGAAAAUAUGCACAAGCAUGUGUCCGGGGUAGCCGAGGUGAAGCGGACCAAGGCCCGAGAACGUCGUGAAAGUCAACGAGCUGUGAAGCUUGCAAAAUUUACCCUGGGAGAUUUUGUCCUGAUGGCCCGGGCUCUCAAGCACCUCGUGAAGCUUACUUUGCGUUGGAAAGGGCCUUUCCGUGUUGUCAAGGUAGUCUCGGACUACCUGAUGGAAGUCCAGCAGCCGGUGCCCCCGGGCGACGUUUCCCUGCACCAUGCAAGCCGGCUCCGUCUUUACUGUGAAGGUGGUCGCGACGUGGAUGAAGAUUUGAAGGCCCAAAUUGCGUUCGGCGACGAGGACCUCCGAGACUUACGUCUACGUGACGGGGUCUGGGAGGUCCUUAUCAAAUGGUUCGGCCUGGGCGAGUUGGAGUCCUCCUGGGAGCCGGCCAUGUCGAUCUACGAAGAUGCUUUCGUGCUGUUCCGUCGCUGGGCCAAGACCCGAAGCAAUGAAGAGGGUGUCAAGCGAAAUUAUUGA